AUGGCCAAAAGGAAGGGAGGAAAGAGGUAAGUUACUUAUUUUGCUUUUAAUUGAUAAUAAACAAAUUAUUUUUAAAGUAUUGGCUUAUUUUUUGUUUUUAGGCGACAAAUUACUUCUGCAACAGAACCGGAAAGAGAUACGGAUGAUGUGUAUGAUGAGGUUGACGCGUUCCACAAUGAGCGCAACAAGGAUAUUAAUGUGACUAAGAAAGCUAGGAAAGGAAAGGAGAUUGAAGUUCUGAAUGUUCAAGCUGAUGGAUUGGACGAUCUCUACGAGGAAGACGACUUGGACAAACCUGACGAAGAACCUCUUAUGAAAAGUAAGCUCAAAUCAUAUUUUAUGACUUUUUUAAUGUUUAGUAGUAUCCGCGAAUCAAUGGGGAAAAAGUCGAAGAGAUUUCUAUGUAAACAACAAGACUAGAACUAAAGAAGAUGGGUACUUGAAUGAUGAAGAACAAGAGUUACUCGAUUUGGAAGAAGAAGAUGCUACAGAAAGACAAAAGAGGUUGGAUAAGAAAAAUUCUGUUUUGAAUUUUGAUCAGUUUUUUGAGGAUGAUGAUGAUCAGGUACAAGAAGAUAAACCCGUGCAGAAGAUGACAUUGCGGGAAAGGAUGGCGUUGGCAGCAGCUGAGAGGAGGAAACAAGAAGAAGCUGCAGCUAAACAGAAGGGGAAGGAUAAAGAAGUGGAAGAAAGGAAAUUAUUUCAGAAGAAGCAUGAACAAGAUGAUGAUUCUGAAGUGGAAGAAACAUUUGUUGAAGGUUGGGAUGAUUAUGACAAGGAGGAUGACGAUGUGGAGAAAAGAGGAAUUAACUAUCAGGUUGGUUUUACGAUAAUUAAAGGUUUUAUAAAAUUUUAAUGUAAAUACGAGCCGAUCCGAAAAAAAUUCCACAGGUAGGUACCUGUACGCGGAAAAACGAAAAAAAAAAUUUUGAAAAAUCGGUCCACAAAAAAAAUUUUUCGACCUCCCCCCCAGAGAAAAACCGUAGCGACGUCCCUGAUUGUGGUAUAUUUUACAUGCUUAAAUUGUAUUUUUAGAUAGAAAAGAACAAAGGUUUGGUACAAAAGAGAAAGAAAGGUACAGAACACUCGAGAAUCAAGAGGAGGCUACAGUACAAAAAGGCGUUGGUCAGAAGAAGGUCUCAGAUUCCAGACGUCAAAAGAGAGAUGCAGAAGUAUACUGGAGAAGUUCGUGGUAUCAGAGCGUCUACAGUUAAAUCUAUCAAGAUUAAGGCUUGA